CCCGCGCCGUCCACCUCGCCGCAGGUCUUUUCGUCAUGGGCGUCAGCGAGAUUGGCUACGCGCCCAUCGAGGCGGCGGCCCUCCCGGACGGCGUCUACAACGCCGGCCCGCGACAAAAGCAAGACCGCCUGUGGUCCUGGAUCUUCGGCCUGACCGUCCUCGCGGUUUUCGUCGGCGGCGCGAUGGCGUUCCACGGCCAGACCGACGCCCCGGACGAGACCGCGAUGACGUCCGGGGCGGCGUGCGACGGCCCGCAGUACGACUUCGCGGCGACGCUCGCGGCGAACGCGGCGCGCGACGCCGCCGCGGCGUCGGGCGGCGGCGGCGGCGCCGCCGCCGCGUCCCUCGGCGCGGACGCCAGCUCAUCAGACAGCCCGGACUCGGAGUACUUUGACAAGAACGAAUUCGCGGAGACCGCGUGGCCGUGGCUCGUCGCCGCGUUCGUCGGCUCCUUCGCGCUCGGCAUCGCGCUCCUGUGGGCGUUCCGCGUCCACGCGCACGCGAUGGUGUGGGGGGUCGUGUACGCCAAGGUGGCGAUUCUCGGCGCCGUCGCGGUCGCGAUCGGAAUGUCCGGCGCGUUGGUAUUUUCGCUCUUUUUGGCCGCGCUGACGGCGCUGACGGCGUUUUGUUACUACCUCUGGAGGGACGAGCUCAACCUCGUGGCGUCGAUGCUGUCCGUCUCGACGCAAGGUUUGAACGAUAACCCGCACAUCGUCACCGCGACGAUAUCGCUGCAGCUCGGGACGUUGUUUUACCUCUUGCCGGCUGCGUAUUUUAUGGCGGCGGCGCAGCAAAACGGCGUCGUCGGCGUCUCCUCCGUCGCCGUGAGCCGAAGCGGCUCGAAGUGCGUGGACUACGGCGGCGGCGCGGUGGACUGCUGCGACUUCAACACGGACGCUUGGGCGAUCGCGUUCAUCUCGCUCGCGUCCAUCACCGCGAUCUGGGUCAUCUGCAUGGCGCUCGAGACGAGGGUGUACCUCGUCGGCGGCGUGAUUUGUCAGUGGUAUUUCGCCCCCGCGGGGACGAAGAACGCCGGCGCCGUGGGCGAAGUCCUCGCGAACGCCGCGGGACCGUCGUUCGGAACCAUCGCGUUCGGCUCGUUCGUGUUGACGAUGAUCGAGAUCUUAAAGCAAGCGAACGAGAACAACCGCCGGAAGCGCGAGAACCAAAACAUACUCGCGUGCUUACUCUUCACUUGCCUCGAGUGCAUAUACGCCUUCGUGGAGUACCUCUCGAAGUUCGCGACGUUGCAGGCGGCGAUGACCGGCCAGGCGUUCUGCGACGCCGCGACGUCGGUCACCGAUCUCUUGAAGCGCAACUUUCUCAGCGCGUACGCGACGUAUUUCUUCCCGGCGCGGAUCUUGCAGUUCACGACGUUUGUCGUCGCGGGCGCGUUUGGAAUCGCCGGAUGGCUGCUGUCGUUGGCGUCGUACACCGCCGCCGGGACGACGAACGGCGCGAUGUACGCGAAAGUGAUUGGCGGCGUGUGCUUCGUCGUGUCCGUGGUCGUGCUGUCGUUCUUCGUCAUGGUCGUUUUGAACGUCGUCGACGCGGUGUUUCUGUGCUACGCGAUGGACAAAGACCGAAACACGCGAUCGCACGUGGAAUUUCACGAGGUUUUCGAAACCGUCAACGCGAAGCAGCAGCCGAAGGACGAGACCGUCGUCGUCGGGCCGGACGGGGGGUACAAGUACGCGUCCGUGUGACGAGCGAUCGCGCACCCGACGAGAGACGCGGGGCGGGGGAGAGUGUGGCGAGCGCGCGAGUAAUAACAUGUGACUAUUCGUAAGUUGUCAAGGUGG